AUGGCGUCCUCGCUGCACCAGCGCAGCAGCGGGAAGGGUGCCUCGGCCGCUGCCGCCCCUGCUCCCGCCGCUGCCGCUGCCGACGACAACGGCCCGCCUAAGGCCAGGCUGCGCGGAGCGAUUCACCACUAUGCCGUGUUCGUGGCGGCCGCUGUGGGCAUUCUCCUAGUGCUAGACGCCCAGUCGCCAACAGCCCGGUGGGGCUGCAUCGUGUACACCCUUAGCACCACCGCCAUGUUUGGCACCAGCGCCAUGUACCACCGCCCCUCCUGGGGGCCCAAGGCGCGGCAGGUGAUGCGGCGGCUGGACCACGCCGCCAUUUUCCUGCUCAUCGCAGGCACCAACACCCCGCUGGCGCUGCUGGCGCUGGACUCCACGCAGGCAGGCGGCUGCCUGGCUGGCUGGCAUGCCGCGGCUGGGCAGGGGCUGGGCGGGCAGCAAUGCAGGUCCUUUAGGCUGCUGGCGCUGGUGUGGGGCGGCGCGCUGGCAGGCAUCGCACAGUGCCUCUUCUUCUCGCAUGCGCCCAAGGCGGUGGCGGCCACGCUGUAUGUGGCGCUGGGGUGGGCGGUGCUGCCCUUUGCGCGGCAGUACCACGACGCCCUGGAGGGGCUGGAUGUGGGCCUCAUCGUGGCGGGGGGCGUCAUCUACAGCCUGGGGGCGGUUGUGUAUGCGCUCAAGUGGCCCGACCCGGUGCCCCACGUCUUCGGCUACCACGAGGUCUUCCACUGCUUUGUCACGCUGGCCGCCCUGCUGCACUUUGCCGCCGUGUACCGAGUGGUGAACUCGCCGCCGCUGAUGCGCGGCACCCUGAGCGCUCUGUCGCACUCCGCCAACUCGGCGGCGCUGCUGACGCCGCACGGCAGCAGCCCCUGAGCGCUGGCGUGCGCUGCCAGCGCAGCGGCGGCAGGUGUUGUGCCACUUCCCGCUCCCCUCACCCCCUUGUUGUUCCUGGCUGCUCAUCCCUGCCGAGCCUUUCCUACAUCAUACCUGCCCAACCCUUACCUGCCUGCUUGCUGCUGCUGCAUGAUGCCCUGCCAAGAUGCCCUGAACCAAUGAUGCCGGACCUAGCAGUUUUCUGUUGCAAAGGAAAGGAAUGAAAGCCUGUAACCCCCUG